AUGAUGCAAAACCUUUCAAGAUUAUUGCAACAGAAGAUUGAAUCCAAAAAGAAGAAAUGCAUGGUUGGUACCCAUCACAAGGACGAUUCAAAACCUUUCAAGAAGUAUUGUAACGACCAGGAGGAAAACAAGAUGGACAAAGACAAGUACCACAAGCGCGUGGCACAACAUGCAAAGACGGCCAAGCCAACCAAAAUUUGCUUGCUCAAGCCCAACCACAAGAAUCACACUAUCUCCAAGUGUAAGGCAAUCAACAGCUACAAGGCUCAAAUGAGCAACAAGAAGUCCAACAGCUUUGCUGUCAUCAAUCUCUCUGGAGAUAAGCCAGAUGAUGAUUCAACCACCUCUAAAGAGACUGACUCAUCCAACAAGAAUGCUUGA